CGAGAACAUGUUGUCUUUAAAUCUAUCUAAAACGAAACACAUGGUUUUAUCACCUUUCCGAAUUGCUGAUACAGGACAAUGCGACCUAAUUGUCGAUUCCGAGAAGAUUGAACGAGUAGUUGAAUUCACUUAUCUUGGACUGACCAUCGAUUCAGCGUUAAAAUGGACAAACCACAUACAAAAAUUGAAGAGUGAUGUUACGUCGGCAAGUGGUCUGUUUUGGAAAAUCAGUAGCUUUAUACCUGUAAAACAACUCUCCAUUAUGUACCAUGCGUUUGUCCAAUCCAAGCUCAAAUAUCUAAUAUUCAUCUGGGGAGCUGCUAGCCGUUCAAGACUCAAACCUCUUCAGACAGCUCAAAACCGUUGUUUGAAAGCUGUAUACAAGCGACCUAGAUUGUAUCCUACUAUGAACCUGUAUGCCGAAGCAGACGAAUCUACUUUGCCAAUCAACGCACUGAGGGAGCUACAAGCAGCAUCUAUAAUCCACAACCACCUGCAAAACCCACUUGCACAUCACAACCAAAAUUACGAACGUCCUGAUCACAGGUAUUCUUUGAGAAAUCAAAGUAGCCUGUAUGUAAGUCAACCUACCACUGAAUUCGCUAAGAAAGCCUUCACUUACUAUGCCGCCACCGCCCACCAACGCCUCCACCCACCGCCUCCACCCACCACCAACAACCACCCACGCCAGAAUAUCAUUAAUGAAUAAAGUGUUUGUUUCACUACUAAAAAGAAAAAUGUAAAAUAUUGUAAAAAACCAUUGAAAAAAUCAAACAAAAAAAAUUUGAAUA